AUGUUGGAUUUUAAACAUUUUAAACUACUAUAUAAAGAAAUAACUGGUGCCACAACAAAAACACCAAAAAAAGAGGCAACGUUGAAUACAAUUUUAGAAAAUCAAGAAUAUUCAAAAAAUACAUAG